AUGGAAAAGAACAUCUGCUAUCGGCAACGGAGGAGAAAAGAAGUCGUCUACGAUGAUUGCGUACUCGAAGACUUCUUGUUCCAAGAAUAUUACGAGCCUGUGCUGAGCGUGCCUCGAAGAAGGACUCUGAGGCUUGAUCCGAAUGCAUCGCACAUUGAGCGGCAGAAGAACAUUCUAGGAGCAGCAGAAGGAAGAACUGGUCUAAAGAAGUGCCGCCGGGAUCUCCGCAAAUAUACUAUUCCGCUAGCAGCCUUGCUGAGCGAAGACGGGACUCGCACGUCUUCUCGUUGUGAGAUGGAAAUCAUUACGGAGAGGUUCUACUCGAACCUUUUUCGUUCAUCAACUCCUGUGUCACGCCCGAUCAUCCCCACUGGUGAAGCCCCACCACGGAUUCUCCCUUCGGAAGUACGAGUCGCAAUCAAGGGCAUGAAACCUGGCACAGCUCCCGGACUUGAUUUUAUAUCAGCAUACUUUCUUGGGCGGAAUAUAUCGAAAGCAAAACAUGGAUGGGCCGGUCACAUUAUGAAAAGAAUCUACGACAGAUGGACUAAAAGAACGCUAGAGUUGAUCCCAAGAGAUGCCAAACGCCCUCGAGGGAGACCGCCAGCGAGAUGUGGUGACGUGUUCGCUAUACGGAUGGAUCAGCUGAGAGCUCAGCUGGAUACGGUUCAAGGACCUCGUGAAGGUCACUCAUGA